AUGGCGGCCGAAAUGAGCGGCGAGCAGAUGCAAGCCAAGAUCACAGCAGCUAGGCGCGAAGCCGAGGGGUUGAAGGAUAAGAUCAAGCGCAGAAAGGAUGAGCUCGCCGACACCACGCUGCAACAAGUUGCAAUGAAUAAUACCGACGGUCUUCCGCGCAUUGGUAUGAGACCUCGGCGGACACUCAAGGGCCAUUUGGCCAAGAUUUACGCCAUGCACUGGUCUACGGAUCGACGACAUUUGGUGUCGGCUUCGCAAGACGGGAAACUCAUUAUCUGGGACGCUUACACGACAAAUAAGGUGCAUGCCAUUCCCCUACGGUCGUCAUGGGUCAUGACGUGCGCAUACGCUCCCAGCGGUAACUAUGUCGCUUGCGGUGGUUUGGACAAUAUCUGCUCUAUUUAUAAUCUCUCCGCCCGAGAAGGUCCGACCCGUGUCGCACGCGAAUUGUCAGGUCACUCGGGCUACCUGUCCUGCUGUCGCUUCAUUAACGACCGCCGAAUCAUUACCUCGUCCGGAGACAUGACAUGUAUGUUGUGGGAUAUCGAGUCCGGGUCCAAGGUCACCGAAUUUGCCGACCAUCUUGGCGACGUCAUGUCCAUCAGCAUCAACCCUACCAACCAGAACGUCUUCGUCUCUGGAGCCUGUGAUGCCUUUGCCAAACUGUGGGAUAUCCGCACCGGCAAGGCUGUUCAGACUUUUGCUGGUCACGAGUCCGACAUCAACGCAAUCCAGUUUUUCCCAGACGGAAAUGCUUUUGGUACCGGUUCCGACGACACGUCCUGCCGCCUGUUUGACAUUCGUGCGGAUCGCGAGCUCAACACUUACCAAAGCGACCAAGUUUUGUGCGGAAUCACAUCCGUCGCCUUUUCCGUUUCUGGACGACUGCUGUUUGCUGGUUAUGAUGAUUUCGAGUGCAAGGUUUGGGAUGUCCUUCGUGGGGACAAGGUUGGAUCACUAAGUGGUCACGAAAACCGUGUAAGCUGCCUCGGUGUCAGCAACGACGGUAUUAGUCUGUGCACUGGAUCUUGGGACUCCUUGCUCAAGGUUUGGGCCUGGUAA